AUGGCCUCCCCGCCGCACAUGCCGUCGUUCACCAUGCCCAAAAAGCGCGGCAGCAUCUCGUCGCUGUCGUCUGCGCAGACGAAGAAGCGCAAACCCUCACAGCUCCGCAACGCCUUCUCACCUGAGACUGAGGGCGUUGGCUCGCCAGCACGCUACUCGCGCUCCCCAUCAGUCGACAGCGUAGCCACAACGUCAGUCAUCAACGGUGCCGGCGGGAAAAAGAGACGGAAGAAGAACGCAGAUGAGGGUAGCGUCGCAGGCUCCAGCAUGCGCGGCGGCAAAGGCGACACGCGCAGUGCUUUGAACGGCGACGGCGACAACGACGCGAAUGCACAGGAGGAUGACGAAGACGACGAUGACGACCUCAUGGACGAAAUGGACACAGCCCUCGAAGGCGGCCAGUCCAUGGCAGACCGCAAAACCCUUGAGAAAGAACAUGAGCGCGUCCUCAUGGAGUACAUGACACCGCUCCAAGCCGACCGCUAUGCUACCUACCGCCGUAUACGUCUCAAGCGCGAAACAGUCCGAAAGCUGGUCAAUCAGACGCUCUCGCAGUCGGUGCCACAACCCGUCAUCAUCGCCGUGACGUCCUACACCAAGUCCUUUAUGGGCGAGAUCAUCGACCGCGCGCUCACCGUCCGCGACGAAUGGGCUGUAUCCCGCACACACCUUCCCAAUCCGAACCUCCCGCCGCCCGUCCUCGCGCAAUCUCUUGGUCGCCCGUCCGCACACAUCAAAGAUGCGCGUAACAAGCCGACGAAUGCGGAUAUCCAGAGCGCAGGCAUGUACUUCAACCAAGUGGACAGGAGCGAGCCGCUGUGGAUUGAGAUUGCAAAGGAUGCAGGGCUGCAGGAGAGGCUUAAGCAGUGCGACAAGGGGCCGCUGACGCCAGCGCAUCUGAGAGAGGCGUUGAGACGGUACAAGAGGGACAGAGAUGGCGGGGGCGCUGGGUUUGCAGGCAUGAGUCUGGAGGGUGUGGAGAGGACUGCCGCGCGGACGGGAGGGAAGAGACUGUUUCGUUGA